AUGUUGCGACAAUUAACUACGCGGCUACAGCAGCCCCGCGCGGCGGCGUCCUCGUGCGCGAGGCUGCUGCGGCCCAAGAGCGGGCUGAGCGUCCCGACGCGGUCCAUGGCGACUGUCUCCGUCGAGGGCAUCCCCAAGGAACCGACCGAGCUCGACCAAAUCACAACGCUGCCCAACGGCCUCCGCGUCGCCUCCGAAGCCCUCCCGGGCUCCUUCUCGGGCGUCGGCGUCUACGUCGAGGCCGGCUCGCGCUUCGAAAACGCCAGCCUGCGCGGCGUGUCGCACAUCAUGGACCGGCUGGCCUUCAAGUCGACGUCGCAGCACUCGGCCGACGAGAUGCUCGAAAAGGUCGAGGCCCUGGGCGGCAACAUCCAGUGCGCCUCGUCGCGAGAGUCCAUGAUGUACCAGGCCGCUACCUUCAACAGCGCCGUGCCCCAGACGGUCGAGCUGCUCGCCGAGACGAUCCGCGACGCCAAGCUCACCGACGCCGAGGUCGCGGAGCAGAUCGAGACGGCGCGCUACGAGAUUGCCGAGAUUUGGGGCAAGCCCGAGCUGAUACUGCCGGAGCUGGUGCACACGGCGGCGUUCAAGGAUAACACGCUGGGGAACCCGCUGCUGUGCCCCGAGGACCGCCUCGGCGCCAUCGACAAGGCCACCGUGACGACGUAUCGGGACCUGUUUUACCGGCCGGAGAGGAUGGUGCUGGCGUUUGCGGGCGUGGAUCACGGCGCGGCGGUGACGCUCGCGAAGCAGUUCUUCGGAGACAUGAAGGCGAGCCCGCUGCCCGCCCUGUCAAGGACCGGCUCGGAGACCAGCAUGUCUGCGGCAUCUGACAGCGAGGCGUCCGCGUCCACCAGCUCCUCUGCGUCCUCGUCCCCCUCCGCCUCGCCCCAGCAGCGCUCCUCCAAGCUCAUCACCAAGAUCCCUUUCUUCAAGAACAUCUCCACCUCUGCGCCGCGCAACGCCGCCGUCGUCGACACGCCCACGUCAGACAUCCUGGACGCGCCGCAGCCGGCGCACUACACGGGCGGCUUCCUGUCGCUGCCGCCGCAGCCGCCGUCGCUCACCGGCACCAACUUCACGCACAUCCACCUCGCGUUCGAGGGCCUGCCCGUGGGCUCCGACGACAUCUACGCGCUGGCGACGCUGCAGACGCUGCUCGGCGGCGGCGGGUCCUUCUCCGCUGGCGGGCCCGGCAAGGGCAUGUACUCGCGCCUGUACACCAACGUGCUCAACCAGCACGGCUGGGUCGAGUCGUGCGUCGCCUUCAACCACUCGUACACGGACUCGGGACUCUUCGGCAUCUCGGCCUCGUGUCUCCCCGGCCACACCCAGCACAUGCUCGACGUCAUGUGCCAGGAGCUGCGCGCCCUGACGCUCGAGACGGGCUUCUCGCGCCUGCAGGACGGCGAGGUGGCCCGCGCCAAGAACCAGCUGCGCAGCAGCCUGCUCAUGAACCUCGAGAGCCGCAUGGUCGAGCUCGAGGACCUGGGCCGCAGCGUCCAGGUCCACGGCAAGAAGGUGCCCGUGCGGGACAUGUGCGCCCGCAUCGAGGCCCUCACCGUCGCGGACCUGCGCCGCGUCGCGUCCGCCGUCGUGGGCGGCCGCGUCGCCAACCCGGGCGGCGGCAGCGGGGCGCCCACCGUCGUCGUGCAGGAGGCGCAGGCGUACGGCCUGACGAGCCACGGCAUGACCUGGGACCAGAUCCAGGACCGCAUCGACGGGUGGAAGCUCGGCCGCCACUGA